UGUCAUCUCUCCUCUUUCUUUUUUCCCUCUCUCUCUAUAACCAUGUGAUUUACAUGUUUGACAAUGUUCGAUCAUGUCCAUCAGUUCCGGUUGCUAGGGAGGGAAGACAGUCAAAUGCAACGUUGUCCUCAAACCUCCAGCAGCCGAGACUUAAGAAACAGAAUACUCUAGUUUUAACAAUCCGAGGCGACAGUGAAGUGGACCGAGUGACCGCGCGCAACCGAUAGUUUUCAUAGUAGCCAAUAGAAAAUUCUCCAUCUUGUAAACAGACGACGGUCUCGUGACUUUGAGCAACAAGAUGACAACGUUAACGAUGCCGAAAAUGCAAUAAGUGUACAACCGUUGUCACCAAAGCGCGAGUGAGUGAGAACCAAAGUGGACUUCGCUUUGCUUUUUCACUUUGCCGUUGGCCAGGUCAACACAUCACCAUCAUCACACAGCUGCGUAGCUGUCUGCGCGUCGCGCCGGGCUCCGAGUUGCUCUCUCGACGGACCAACCGGACAAUCAUCACGGAAAAGGACAUCCAGCGUAAAUCAGACCGUUUCCAUGCGGACCGAAAACUGCGUCCUCACAUCAUCAGAUCCGUGGAACAGGUGACACUGACAUCUGCUCCGUCUGUUGGGCAGAAUUCAAGCUGAUCUGGGAUGAAUUGUCUGGAGCCUGCGGUUAUUGUCUGUCACACAGGGCAGAGAACACAUCUACUGAACACUUCAAUGGAGUAAAGUAGCCGACUGAAGCGGACAGCAUUCCAAAUGAACAUAGGAUAUGCAUCUGUUGGAAGUUUGUGGAGCCAUUUUAUCUGUUCUGGGAAGACAUGUAUAGUCUUAUUUGCAUUGGUCGACUGCUCUGUCUGACCCAAAACAGAAACAAAGGGACUAUUUGUAUCAUAAAAAUCCAGCUUUAUAUUGUUGAGUUAAUUGAUUGUUGUUAUCACCACUACUUUAAUCAAUACUCAGCUGCUUUUGGUUGUUGAUAAUAAUCAAAUAAUCCAUCAAUAUUAUUGUAAUGUAUAGAUGUCAGUUGACAUCUCAUGUAAUGUGUGGUGGUCAGGGGCCUAUUAGCAGAGAGUAGUCAGGGACCUAUUAGCAGAGAGGCAUCACUGGCCUAUUAGCAGAGAGUAGUCAGUGGCCUAUUAGCAGAGAGUAGUUAGUGGCCUAUUAGUAGAGAGGAAUCACUGGCCUAUUAGCAGAGAGGAAUCACUGGCCUAUUAGCAGAGAGUAGUCAGUGGCCUAUUAGCAGAGAGUAGUCAGUGGCCUAUUAGCAGUGAGUAGCCAGUGGCCUAUUAGCAGAGGAAUCAGGGGCCUAUUAGCAGAGAGUAGUCAGUGGCCUAUUAGCAGAGGAAUCAGGGGCCUAUUAGCAGAGAGUAGUCAGUGGCCUAUUAGCAGAGAGUAGUCAGUGGCCUAUUAGCAGAGAGUUAUCACUGGCCUAUUAGCAGAGAGUAGUCAGGGACCUAUUAGCAGAGAGGAAUCACUGGCCUAUUAAGGAACACGAUGCCCCCUGUUGGUGCGGGUCCUGCCACUGGCUCCUUUCUCCAACAGUUCAGAGUAGUAGCCUCCGACCGGGCUGACCAGCACCAGCCGUUCAGAGUAGUAGCCUCCGACCGGGCUGAUCAGCACCAGCCGUUCAGAGUAGGAGCCUCCGACCGGGUUGACCAGUCUCAGAACCAGCAACAGUCUCUGUCACAGCCAGUCCAGCCCCAACCAGACCAUCUUCAAACCCAGCCUCAGUUCAGAUUCAGAGCAACAGUCCAUAGUCAUACAGGUGUAGAGCCUCAGAACCGGCCUCAGACCCCAGAUACAGCCUCGUACACGUCCUCAGACACUGUCCCAUCUUGACCAGACUCAGCUCCAGACUCAGCUCCAGACUCAGCUCCAGACUCAGCUCCAGACUCAGCUCCAGACUCAGCUCCAGACUCAGCCAGUGUUGGAGCCCCAGUCUCAGCCCCAGCCUCAGCCCCAGACAGUGUUGGAGCCCCAGUCUCAGCCUCAGCCCCAGCCUCAGCCCCAGCCUCAGCCCCAGACAGUGUUGGAGCCCCAGUCUCAGCCCCAACCCCAUUUUAAGACAAGGCUUCAGCCUCAUCCCCUGAUUCCAUCCUGACUCAGCCAGUAUCCAACGGCAGGCUGUCGGGCCACGGGCGUAGCAACGGGCACGGCAUGGGCAACUCCUCCAGGAAGGAGGAGGACGAGGAAGAGAAGGGGAAAGGGAAGGAUAAGGAUGCGGAGAAGGCGAAAGUAAUGGAGGAGGAGAAGAGGAGGAGGAGGAAGAAGAAGAUGAAGGAGGAGAUGGAAGAUGACGAGCUGCCCCUAGGGGUGGAAGAAAUGCUGGCGAGCGGAGAUCCCGUCUUGGAUCUGAGCUAUAAAAAGUUCCGCAGGUUGCCCGGUGUGGUCUGUGGGCUACGUCACCUGGAGAAGCUGUAUGUGUGUCGUAACAGUCUGCGGACCCUCCCGGAGAACAUCGUCCAACUAAAGGGCCUCCGCAUCCUGGCUCUAGACUUCAACAAGAUGGAGAACGUCCCGUUGGCCAUCUGUCAGCUCCGUAACCUGACACGUCUCUACCUGGGCUCUAACCGCCUGAUGUCUCUCCCUCCAGAACUACGUAACCUUCAGAGUCUUCGCUGCCUCUGGAUGGAGAGCAACUAUUUCACACGCUUCCCCCGCCAGCUCUACGACUUACCCCACCUCAGGUCCCUUCAGAUGGGGGACAACAGGCUGCGGACUCUGCCCCCGGACCUGUGGCGUAUGGAGGCUCUGCGAGGGCUGUGGCUCUACGGAAACCGUUUCACCGAGUUCCCCCGUGUCUUACUCCGCAUGGUGGAUCUGGAGAUCUUAGACCUGGACAAGAACAAGAUCGAGGUGUUCCCUAAUCUGAGCCGGCUCCCCGCCCUCCGCCUCUUCUCCUAUGACCACAACCCAGUGGAGGGGCCUCCCGGCGUGGGGGAGGAGGUGCUGCUGGUGGGAGAGGGGGCCCAGGAGGAGCUGCAGGACCGAGUGGACAGGAAGGCUAAGAAGGAGCAGGAGGCGAGGGACGCGGAGGAGGCUGCGCUGGCCGGGGAUGGGCCUGUGAUCCAGGGCAUUCUAAAGACGGCCAAACAGAACAGCGCAUCGCACGCAGGGCACAAGCAUGACGAGGCCACGCCCCUAACCGAGGAGGAGAGGAGGAAGAAGGAGAUGGAGGCAGAGUUAGAGAAGGCGUUGAACGACUACGGGGCGGGGCUUGAAUACGACUUGGAGGGGAUAGAAUACGAGAAGGAGUUUAUAUGUGAGGGGGAGGGGUAUGAUGGCGGGGAGUUGGAGUACGGACGAGGAGAUAUAGACUAUGAGUAUGAUGAGGAGGAGGAGCUAGAGGAACCAGGAAGACAAGUGGGCCGGUAUUGAUGACUGACUAACUUCUCCCCCUCCUAAGCCUCUGACUCCUCCUCUCCUAAGCCUCUGACUCCUCCUCUCCUAAGCCUCUGACUCCUCCCCACCUAUGUCUAGACUUGUUUGAAAUUGCAGCAGACAUUGCAGGUGACGGACUGAUCUUACAAGUCACCUUGCAAAAUAAAUCACUACUUAGAAUUAUUUGUAGAUCAGUCAGUCAGUCACAAUUUACCCACAAUCCAUCACAGAUGUGACGCUCUCGGACACAGCCUCUGACUACUGCAACACUCUCAGGGCUAUAGGAGGUGAUGUGAAGAAAAAACACCCAGGAAUUAUCUAGCAAGGUUAUCAAAAAUAGUUUUCAUCUGCCUUUCUUAGCUCCAGCUGUCAUAACAAUGCCCAACUAGAGGGUUGUUGAACUUUUAGUAAAUCUUGUGUGAAAUGAAUUAAUGACUAGCCUCCUGAACCUGUGGCUGUAAUAUGUGACAUUCUCUUUCUCUCUGUAGUUAGCAUUAGGACAGGGCUGACACUAAAUGACUAAACUCAUUAGAUGUUUUUCUAACUGACCUGUGAAGAUAUAUUAAUGCACUGCACGUUGUGGGAAUGAAGGCUGGAUGGAUGAUGGCUGGCUGGAAAGCUAGCUGGAUUGA